UUUUCAUCCUCUAAAUAAACAAAAAACAUCUUCAUUUUAUUAAGAUGGAUUGGUUGCCAGUACCGACCUCUUAAAAAAUGCAACCCUGGAAAAGAAACGAUAGACAUAAUUUAGAAAGGCUGUUAAAUAUUAAAACGAAAGUUAAAGGAUUGUUGCUUUCAGAACUUUAAUUUUCGGUAAUGUAUGAACAUUGAAAUGAAAACUAUUAGGCGCGGUGCUUUCAUCUACAUUUUGCUAAUUAGUAUGCAAAUUUUGUUUCCAUUUCCGCUUCUACUUUUUUUUAAUCAUAGAUUCAUCUUUUCUUUUUUCAGUAAAUUACAUGUAACGUUUGAGGUGUUCGUAUAUUUUGCGCCUAACGUUCGGUUCAAUUUUUAUUUUUCUCCCAUAGGGCUUGUGGAAUUGCAGGUGUCAAUUAAUAAACCUACAAGUCAAUCGUCAUUACUUGGUCGCCAAAUUAAAGUGAAACGAGCUGUUAGAACAGUUGUUGAUACAACAAGAGCGAAUGGACAAUUUAAUUUCGUUACAUUUAUCAUAAAGCUCUCGAUAAAUUAUACAUAUGCACCUAUUCCAACGCCCAAAUCGCUUUACCGCUGUCACCUUUCAGAGAGGGAAAUGACAUAUGGUAAAACACAAAACGUAGAAGUUAACUUCUAAGUUCGCAAUCGUUUUGAAAUACAGUUGUGCUAAAUGGGAGUUACCAAGGUGACCAAUGCUUUUACUCAUUUUCCUUAAGUAAGCACCUGCAGCUUAGAAAGAUCUUGGUGGGAUAUUUGGCGGUCUGUGAUCAAGGCGGCUAGCUUUUGUUUUCUACUUUGGUCAGAGAAGAAAUCACCGUUUACUAGUAUGUCGCUUAAUCGCUCAGGUAUUAUUACUAAAGACUGGUCCUCCACGGAAAUUAUUAUAUCCUCGUUAGGACUUCUGGUGGUGAAUGUUUUAGCGAUUUCUGGGAACCUAUUGGUCGUGUUUGUAAUUUUGCGCACAAAGGAACUGAACCGCAAGGAAUCUAACUGGUUUGUGAUGAAUUUGGCGCUAGCUGACCUGUUUGUCGCUUUCACAGUUAUCCCAACUUCUGUGGACACCUUAAUUCAUGGAAAAUUCCGUCUUGGAUUGGCUUUCGAGGAAUUUAUUGGCUUUGCAAACUUUUUGUUCUGCAUCUGUUCAAUUAUGAACUUGCAACUGUUGUCGUUUGAUCGAUGGUUUGCUAUUGCUAAGCCGUUUAAGUACGUGGCUGUUGUAAGCCCCAGAAAAGCGAGCGCAGCUUGUGCGUUUAUUUGGCUUUACGCUACGUUCUGCGCUCUUCCGCCAAAAUUUGGCGUCAGUUCUUACUUUUGUUUUAUUCCCAAUCUGGAUAACUGCGAUAUCGGAAAAGACUGGUCGGGAUCGGGCAAAGCCCUUAUCUUUGCCAUUGCUGUUCUUGGAUUAACUUACUGCCUCGCUUUAACUGUUAUGGCAGUAUGCUAUUGGAAAAUUUUCCGAAUCGCUCGUUCGCACGUUCAGAGAAUAAAUGUGCAACGUUUUAAUAGCCGUAAUAGCCGCCAACCACCAGAAAUGAUAAGUGGUUCUUUUGCGUCAACCAUCGAACCCGAAGUAACCGCUGAGAGCACUUUUGAAAUUACUGCUUCGUUUCCCCAGGCGUCCAAACAAACUCAAAGGCAGCCACACGCUUCAGAUAUUCGAACUGCAAAGAGUUUUUUGGUCGUAAUUGGAGCGUAUUUCCUUUGUUGGACUCCGUUUUGUUUUACACUAAUUCUAGACAUUAUAAUGAUGGAAAAGAUUAACUCCAAAGUGAGUCUGAUUUGUCUGUGGCUAGGAUAUACAAACAGUUGUUUGAAUCCUCUAAUCUAUACUUGGAAGUACAAGCAAUUUAGGAACGCUUUAAAGUCAACUGGUAGGAAAUUCUACAGACAGUUUUCUCCUCAAACACAGAUGAGGUAAAAGAUCGACAAAAAAUACCGGGAAUAUUUGCCAAUGAUCAUCGCCAGAGCCAACUGCGCCUCCCCCGCCCUGGCCGAAGAGGAUGAAAAUUCUCUUGUUGAAAACCGGCGGUGCGCGUGGAGUUACAGGACUACGGUGACAAUAACCAUCAAGCCCCGUGCUCCCUGUUUCCCGCCCUUUAUCGACGAAUCGAAUGCAACGGCGCCUGCACAGUUUUGUGAAUUGACUGGGCACAAGUCCGAAAAUACCCUGAAAAGAGAACACUUCUAAUACAUCAAAUAUUCUCUCUCGCGCGCGAUUGGUCUAAAUACGUCACGUGACCAAAUAUUCCCCAGCCAAA